CCCAAUCCCAGCAACUCCAAUAGUAGCACUUCAAUGGCCCCUAUGUUCCUGCUGGUAGGCAUGCCAGGCCUGUCAAGCGUACCCUCCUGGUGGACGAUACCCCUCAUCACCGUCUACCUUCUUUCUGUCCUGGGCAACAGUACCAUCCUGUGGAUUAUUGCCAUGGAGCCCACCCUGCACCGCCCCAUGUACUUCUUCCUCUUCCUGCUUAGUGUGUCUGAUGUUGGUUUGGCUACAGCCAUCAUGCCCACUCUGCUGGGGCUUGCCCUGGCUGAUGCUCGUGCUGUUCCUGCCUCUGCCUGCCUCCUACAGAUGUUCUUCGUCCAUGUAUUCUCUGUCAUGGAGUCCUCCGUCUUGCUUGCCAUGGCCUUAGACAGGGCACUUGCCAUCUGCCGUCCUCUCCACUACCCGAGAAUCCUCACCAAUGAUGUUGUUGGGAAAAUUGGUCUGGCAAUUAUUUUCCGAUGUCUGGGUCUCCACCUGCCCCUGCCGUUCCUCCUGGCCCGCAUGUCCUAUUGCCGGCCGCAGGUCCUGACCCACUCAUACUGCUUACAUCCCGAUAUGACUCGGUUGGCCUGUCCAGGAGCUGGGGGUGCAGUCUAUAGCCUCUUUGUAGUCCUGUCAGCCAUGGGGUUGGACCCUCUCCUUAUUUUCUUUUCCUACGGCCUAAUUGGCCGGGUGUUGCAGGGCUUGGGAUCCAGUGAGGAUCGCUGGAAGGCGGGCCAGACCUGUGCUACUCACCUCUGUGCUGUGCUGCUCUUCUAUGUUCCCAUGAUUCUCCUGGCCCUCAUCGACCGCCUCCGGUUGCCAAUUCCUCAGUCUACCCAUACCCUUCUCUCCUAUGUCCAUUUCCUGCUUCCUCCAUUGAUAAACCCUAUUCUCUAUAGUGUAAAGAUGAAAGAGAUUAGAGAUAAAAUACUCAAGAGGUUUCAGCCCAGGAAAGUGGGUUGCGCCUAG